AGGAAUCCAAUUUGUUUUUGAAGCAAGAACCUGACUGCCUAAAAUCGACCAUUGAGGGAGGCCCUGCCCUGCCCACUUUCUCCCCCUUACCAACCAACCACAUGUUACUAUCAAUCAUAGAUCUCAUUCACUUCCAUUUCAUCUUCUUCAUUCACGCUCAACAAUACUACUAGCAUUUGCUCUCAAUUUCUAAAACACUAACACCAACCUUCUUCUUCUUCUUCUUCUUCAACUGCCUUUUAACAACACUCCAGAAGUACAAACUCACGUUUCAAAUGCUGGUCUUGUUGGUUGGUGGUAAUUCAUGAGAGAAUUGGCAUAUUAACAAGUACAAACUAAAUAAUUACAGACUUUUGAUCAAACAAAGAAAGAAGAAAUAUGCUGUGUGCUUGUUCCGGUGAGCAAUUUAAGGUAGAAGAGCCGAUUUCUCGGUCACCGGAGUCGUUGGCUACACGGGAUUUCUCAGCUAGUGGGCUUUCUUCUCGAACCGGAACUGGCGAUUGGGACUCAAAGUUUGAAGAUGCUCAAGUUGAUGAAGCUGAAUCCACUCUAAAAGAAGCCCUUUCUUUGAACUAUGAGGAAGCCAGAGCUUUGUUGGGUAGACUUGAGUACCAGAAGGGCAAUUUCGAUGCUGCUCUUCAAGUUUUUUACGGAAUCGACAUCAAAAGUUUGUCGCCCAGGAUGAUUAAAGCUAUUAGUGACAGAACCCUACAACAUAAUGUAAAAUCUAAAAGGGAAAUUACUAUGGUAGGUUUGAUGUCCCUGCAUUCGGUGAGCUUGCUUCUCGAAGCAAUCUUACUUAAAGCAAAAUCACUUCAGGAGAUGAGCAAGUUUAAAGAAGCUGCAAAGGAGUGCAAGAUGAUUUUGGAUAUAGUUGAAUCCGCCUUACCUAACGGAAUGCCCGAUUCGAUGACCGAAGACUGCAAAUUGCAGGAAAUGUUUCACAAAGCGUUAGAAUUGCUUCCGGUGUUGUGGAUAGAAGCUGGGGAUUUAAAAGAAGCUAUUGCAGCGUAUAGAAGGGCUCUAGUUAAACCAUGGAAUCUAGACCCGCAAAGGUUAUCCGCCUUACAAAAGGACUUGGCUGCUAUAUUACUUUAUGGAGGCGUUGAAACAACCGUUCCUCAAGCCAAAACAUGGGAUGCGUGUUAUCCCACAACCAACACCGAAGAAGCACUUCUGUUGCUGUUCAUACUCAUGAAAAAGUUAUCAUGUGGAGAAAUCAGAUGGGAUCCCGAAAUUAUAAGCCAUUUGAGUUUUGCGUUGUCAACGUGUGAUCAAUUCGAGUGUUUGGCUGUUCAUGUGGAGCAACUUCUUCCUAGAGCGUAUAAACGAAUCGAAAGAUGGUUUUUUCUCGCUCUUUGUUACAGUGCUGCUGGUCAAACCGAAUCUGCGUUGAACAUUUUAAAGAAAAUUUCAGGUUCUUCUGAAUCAGAACACGAACCGCAUAUCGCUUCGCUUCUUUUGGGAGCUAAAUUGUGUUCGCAAGAUCCUAAUCAUGCACAUGAAGGAAUAAAUUUUGCUCGAAAAGUUAUCGAAUCAAGUGAUCCAAAAAACGAGCAUUUCAAAAGCAUCACCCACAAGUUUCUUGGAGUUAAUUACGGAAAUGCAGCUAGGGUUUCUUUAUCGGAUUCCGGUAGAGUGUUUUACCAUGAAGAAUCUAUCAACUCUCUCAAUGCAGCUGCUUCGGUCGGUGUUAACGAUGAUCCUGAAGUUGUAUUUUAUCUUGGACUAGAAAACGCCAUACAACGAAAUUUGGAUGUAGCAUUUAGUAAGAUGAUUUUAUAUUCUGAUAUGGUUGCGGGGAGCUCAUCAAAGGGUUUUACGUUACUAGCCUUGAUCUUAUCCGCUGAGCAAAGAUUCAAAGAUGCCGAAACGAUAGUUGACAUUGCGUGGGAUGAAACAGGAAGAGUUGACCAACUGGAACUUCUUAGGCUAAAAGCAGUGCUUCAAAUUGCUCAACAACAGCCCAAACAAGCGAUUGAAACGUACAAGAUUUUACUAGCCCUAAUUCAAGCACGUGGUGGUGAACUUCGAAGCAAGAACAUGGGUUCUGAGGCAAUGGAGCGAAAACUGGAAAUUGAAGCUUGGUUAGAUCUGGCCAAUAUAUACACCAAGCUUGAAUCUACCUCUGAUGCAGAAAUCUGUGUUAAUAAAGCCAGAUCAAAGGAAUUCUAUCACCCUGGAGCUUGGCAUUCUACUGGUUUGUUAUUUGAAGCUCAAUCUUUACACAAUGAAGCACUUAUCGCCUUUUCAGUUGCGUUGUCUAUAGAACCAGAUCAUGUCCCGAGUAUUAUUUCAACAGCAGAAACAUUAAUGGAAAUGGGUGGCAGCGAAACGCUUCCAAUUGCAAGAAGCUUCUUAAUGAACUCGUUGCGGUUAGAGCCUACAAACCAUGAUGCAUGGUUUAACCUGGCUUUGAUCUGCAAAAAGGAAGGUCUAGAGCAGCAAGCUGCAGAUUUUUUCCAAGCUGCGCAUGAGCUUGAGUCAUCGGCUCCGGUUCAGAGCUUUGCGUAGCGAUAUCUUGCUAGUUGAAUUUUGUGAAUACUCGAAAAUAUGUACAUUCGUUUAUGGCUUAUGAGUUGACAAGUGUCAUUAGAAUUCAGCGCAAGAUAACCAACGUCGAGUCAGUUUUUGGUGCC